AUGGACGAUAAAACUUUGCAAACGUUUAUGAUGGGCAUUGCGGAAGACGCACAAUUAACGACGAUACCCGCCGUCACCAAUGUUGGCACAGUAAAAGUUUUUCCGUAUUCUUCAAUCAGCGGUGAAAUCGAUUGGGACGUCGUACUUUAUUCGUUCAGCCUAGAACCGGGCAAUAGCAUAAUUUACGAGCACGGAAGAUGGCGAGCCCAAUCUUUUACGUACGACUUUGAAGGUACACAAUUAUAUCGCACCGAUACUCUUACUCAUGAACGUCAACUGUUUAUGGAAUUUAACUUGGAUAUGAACUUGGAACUAGUCGACAACGGCAUUGUAUCGAAACCGUACUGUAAACAGAAAGGUAACGUUCCAAUUAGGCAAGACGAGUUUGCCCAUUUUUAUAAAACAACGGAAACUGGAGGAGGCUUAUCAAACAUUUAUCAGUACGGGUACUGGGUAUGUUUAGAACAGGGAGCCAACCCGACACUGGUUCUUUGCCAAAAUAAGAAAUUCGAUUUGCAACUGGUGGCGUGUCGCGAAUAUAGCGAAUGUGAAAUGAAAAGCGAUAAUUAUAUUUGGCCGGACGUGAAAAACAGUACGAAAUAUUAUCAAUGCCAAAAUGGCGUUGUAGUGCAUGCAUCGUGUCCCGAAGCAAGUCCUGUUUUCAAUGGUUUACGUUGCAUCAAUCCUACGUGUUUCAAUAAAACGUUUCAAUCCGUAGGAGGAGGGUCACAAAAAUUUGUUCUAGCGGACAAUUUUCGCGUACCUAACGAUGAUCAUUCAUACUUUCUCUGUAGGGGCCAGUUGGAAGGCACAAAGAUUACUUGUCCGCUAGGAGUCGAUGCCUCCCGUAUCAAUUGCCUUUACAAAUGCACAGGCUCAACUGCGUUUGUUGUCGAAUAUUUGGAAACGUUACAAGUUACGCCAAAAACAGUUCCCGUUGGACAAACGGCUUGCGUUGAUGGCAAUAUUGUCAAAGUCACGUGCUCCACUAUUUUAACGCGUAAGCUCGUACAUGAAGACGGGACUGGUAAGACUCUAUAUUAUUGGACGCCAGACAAAUAUCUCGAAAAGGGGUCAUGUAAAGAGUACGAUAUAAUUCCACCAAAAGGAGAAAUGUUACAAUUUCUGCGUGCCGAUCCCGCAAUUUCGUCCAAUAUUACUGGUAACGGCGACGCGUUGCCAAGAUUAAUUCCCUACGAUUCGUUUGCCUCAUUCGAGUCCGACAGGACACAUUACUACAACACCGACGGUGUGAAAUAUGACGGAGUUCUUUUUUAUUUCGGCACACAACGUUUCAUUAUCGAUGCGAAAUACUUGAACGUGCCUUCAGAUACCGCAUCAAUACUGAACAAUAAUCAUAACGGCGUUUGGACUGAACAAUUGAUAAUCGAAAAAAUUUCGCCGGGUUGGAUCGAAAAUGCGUCCAACGAUUGCGAUGCGGGCAUCGAAUUUCUCGGCUUAUAUUAUGUAAACAAAUCGGGCACGGGUAUGUGUUUAGAUGGUAAACCUUCCAUUGAUAUUUGCGACGAGCACGGUCUGAAAGUCUUUGUCAAUGGCUGUGGAUGCCAUCCGAUGGAAAAAAACGACACCAACGAAAUAGUACCACAAAAUGCCGAUUAUUUGGACAUGUCCACGUAUGCGACACAACGUCAAAAGCUUUUUAUGGCCGAGAAAAUGGCAAACAAAUACCCUGAAAUUUUCAGUUGGUGCGAUAUAGUGAUCCGACCGGCCAUCUCACCUCAGGAUUACGUUUACGAAAAAAAGUUUGCUGAUUGGGCAAUUUGGGUAGAUUGGACUUGGACUAAAACGGGCUGCACGAAAAUUAGUUGCAAUCCUAGUGGCCAAAAAUUCGACUGCACGGUCAAGGAUGCACCUUUCGCUUUUCGAUCGGGCGACACCACAUGGACGGCCUGCGAGCCGGCAUGUUUCUUUCGUAACGACAUACCGUCUACCAGUACCGGCGUUCAUUCGUUGCAGACACAGUAUCACAAUGGCAAAUGUUAUUGGGUGUCGAGCGCCAUUCACGCUUGGAUGACCAAUCCUACGAUCAGGGCAAGUACUAAAUACGUGCGUCGUGUCAACACUUUAGCUACAGGGUUCGACGUAUCGUACGAGGCAGAUACGUACAAUAUUCCAACUAUUAAAGGCCGCAUAAACAAAUAUUAUUGCGACGCGUAUUUCCAAGAGUUAAAAGGCGACGAUUGCGAAGAGCCGUGGUGGAGCGAAGUACUCGGUUAUACGUUUUUGGGGCAAAGUUUGAUUAAAUUCAUAGACCAGGCCGCCAGUCCUAACGCCGGUACACGAGAUCAGGUGUCGCUCGAACCCGAUUUGAAAUCCCUACCCGCCUAUAUGCUAGACAAACAUGUUUGGAAAAGACAUAUUAACGAUUCAUUCAAAAUGAUUAAGCCCGACGUACUAUUGAGCGAUUUGGGGUUUACGCCUGCCAUGUUGUCCCAAGAAAAACGGGGCCAUUUUCUAUUUCAUAAUUCAUCGGGCAUUGUGGAACGAUUUCUAUUUUACGAUUCCGUCGAAUAUACGACUAAUCGUUCCUCGUCCCGAACUGAAUAUCUUCGAUUACUAGAACCCAUAGGUGAAAUUGCGAAAACAAAUCAUCGUCGUCGUCGUCCCGUCCGUGAAACCCGAGCCACAAAACAAAAUCUCUCGUCAUCUUUCGACUGGGAUUCGAUAGGAGAUCGAUUCAGUCGUAUCGCUUCUGUCAUAAUGCAAAUGCUUGUACAAAAGGAUUUUUACGUACAAGUCGGGGUCGAUUAUUCCUGGCAUUUGCUCAGUCAGAAACUAGGUCCCGAGUUCAAGGAGAUAUUGAGUAAAGUUUUUUCGAAUAUGAGUCAAGUACUGGCAUCUAAUUCGGCUCGUAUCAUUGACACAAUAGCCAGUCACGAAAUGGGACAUAUUGCCUCAUAUUUGAUCGUAAAGUCUACUACAAAGUUCACUUUAAUGCUGACCAGGAUGGCUGCCGUCAGCUCAACUGUAAUUGGUGUCGUUGCCGAUAUUGCGCUUUUCCUCGAUUUAGCGGUCAUGUUAGGUUGGGAUCCGCUUGGUCUUAAAAAUCAGAUCGAUUCCCAGAUUUUAGAAAUAUUACGAGAACAGGCAAUAGUUACACGUUACAAAACUGGCGAUCCAAACUGCGAAAUAGAUCCCAGUUUCUUUUCGAAAUUCGUGCUCAAUGAAAACUUUAACGAUAAUACGACAACCACACCAAUGCCCGAACUCAAGUCUCAGUUUUCGUACGCCCACUCUCGUUACAAAAGUUCCAACACGUCAGGUUCGGAUACGAUUGCACGUCGUACCGAUAGUGGUUCAAUCAAAAGGCCUCGUCUCUACCAUACCCAGACCCUUUUUCAAAUUUCAUGUCUAAGUGAAUAUUUAAAUGCCAGAACGUCAAAUUCGAUUGGACAACGUUACGACUGGGAUAGGGACAUUGUGCGAAAUACCGACGAGUGGAUGACCCGUUAUGAAAUUUUCUCUCAUCUUAUGCAAAAGACCGAUUUAACUAGUUACACGGAGACACUACAGGCUCGUCAAUGCCUGACGGUGAUCAUUUUGUUCAUUUUGAUUACCGUCAUAGCGUUGACUAUAUUUUUCGCCAAACCCCUAGUACUGCUUGUAGCGCCUUUAAUUUGGUUAUGUGCUUAUGUUCGAUUUGGCAAUAAUGAAAUUCACAAUUCAAUCAUCGAAAACCUUUAUCGCGCAAUAAAAGCCAAGAAUAUAACAAAGAAACCCUUUAGUGUACAUACAUAUCAACGUUACAAUUAUAUAAAUUCGCUAGCCUAA